AUGCCGAGCGUCCAAGAGGAAGGUAUGCCGGCGGAUUUGGCGUCACAUUAUAAGAGGAGCUUGACGGCGCAUAAUGGCUGCUUUGAUGUUGCUGAGGCCCCCCAGUGGAGGAAUAAUAACCACUUUGCGAAUGGUAAGCUGAAGUUACUGGAGGCAUCAUAUAUGCACUUGGUGGAUAAGCGGCCUGUGAUGAACCCAUACUCUGCGACGAAGCUGUGUGGAAUUCCUGCUGAGCCGCGUACGCAAGAAGCGCUUCUGGGCGACCACUACUUUGCACCCGAGAAGUCGGCGGACGGCUGUGCCGGAUAG